GCAGGCACUCACCCAGCACCCAGCACCCAGUAAUAUGAUAGUGUGGGCUGCACAGUGGCAGUCAUUCCUCUCGUUAUUCCUCUCCACAGCUCUUACUCCACUCGUCUCUCCCCCCCAUCCAACAUCCUCUCCACCACAUCUCUCUAGCCUCUCAUCCCCCCAAUCGUCUCUCUCUCUCUCUCAAGCGUUAUCAUCCAUCCUCAACGUCGACGCCAACCAGCGCUCCGGUCGCUCCGGUCGCUCCAAGAUCCCUUCCUCCAUCCUCCCGCACAGCCCAAGCUCGCCAGCGCUCCGAGCGUCCUGCCUAGGCCGGGUGCGAUUCCCGGCCACCCCGUCUCCCACUCCUCCCAAUUUGCCACGAAUUGCCACCUCUCCCACUUGUCACUUUGCACUCCUCCUCCUCCCGUGUCCCAUUUGUCCAUUUGUCCAUUUGUCCAUCACCCAAACUCCCUUCCCCCGCGUCACGACGCGUCUCCUCUCUCCGAUCCACGAUCAAUCCUUCCUCUUCUUCUUCUUCUUCCUUGGUCCUCCCUCUCCCUCUCCCUCUCCACACCUCCCUCUCCCCUCUCGUCACCUAUCCUACUCCCCAUCGACCAGUGCAAAGCACCAAUCCUCCUAUAGAGUUUACCCAGUGUCAACGAUUCGCCCUCGCCCAUCUCACCACGCUCUCCCCGCAGACUACACUAGCUCGGUAGCUCAACUGUCCCUUGUUGAGCAUUGUCCCGAACGGCCCCGAUAGCUGCCGCGCGCCGCCGCAUAACCGACCACGAAAUGCUGUCGGCUCUGAUGUGUACUGGUGACCAAACGUCAACGACAUCUCCGCCACCCCAGCUUUCAGCGCCCGAGCGAGAGUCUUCUCUCGACUCGCUUGCCCAGUCGUCCCACAUACUUCGCACGCCCGACCUCUCAGCCCUGGAGGUAGACUUUGGUCAACUUCGUAACAGCGACACGGUGCCCUCGCGCUC